AUGCCGGGCGGGCGUCCGGAGGGCGAAGGCGAAGGCGGGCGAAGGCGAUCAGGGGGCGGGGAAGGGCGGCCGCGCGGGCUCGAGCUGCCGCUGCCGCUGCCGCCGCCGCCGGAGCUCGGAGCCUCGUGUGAGGCGGCGGAGGCGGAGGCGGCGGCGGAGGCGGAGGUGGAGGCGCCCGCUCCUCGCCGCCCGCACGCGCCUCCCCUGUCCUCCUCCUCCUCCCCGCCGCCGCAACUUGCUCCUCGCGCCCGCCGGCCGACUUGCCGGGCGGGACGCCCGCCGCCGCGGCCGCGAUCCGAGCCUCGGCGGCCCCGGGAACGACGCGGCGGCGGCGGCGGCGGCGGCGGCGGCGGCGGGCGGAGAGAUCGGGACCCGCGCAGGGAAAAGUUUGCUGCGAGCCGGCGCCGGGCCCGCAGCGGCGAUCGGACGCGCGCGACGGCGGCCCCACCCGGGCCGGGAGAGCCGGACGGACGAGGCGCGAGCAAACAGCCGCCGAGGAAGGCGCCGAUCGCCGAUCGCCGCGCUCGCGCACCCUGCCUGCCUCUGCCGCCCGCCCGCCCGCCCGCUGCCAGCCAGGAGCCGCCGCCGCCGCCGCCGCCGCCGCUCCGCCGAGGGAGGGAUUGA